AUGCAGCAUCACCUCUACACACUCCUCUACGGCGGUAUAUACCGUGCUCCCAUUUCGAAGGACAUUAAAUAUGCUUUGGAUGUGGGCUGCGGCACGGGAAUUUGGGCCAUUGAGUUUGCCGAUAAAUUCCCAAAUACUGAGAUCAUAGCUACAGACCUUUCAGCCAUACAACCUGGCUUUGUCCCAGAGAAUCUGCAAUUCGAAGUUGAUGACGCCGAGGAUGACUGGCAGUUCAGCCAUCUUUUUGAUUAUAUACAUAUUGGAACCCUGGCGGGGAGUAUAGCGGACUGGCCGCGGUUGCUACGACAAGCAUACGACAACUUAGUUCCAGGCGGCUGGCUAGAAGUGAUUGACUUCGACGCCUGGGCAUCUACGGACGAUGACAGCCUGCCUCCUGACUCUGCUUACGCUCAGUUUCAAGCUCUCUUGGUUGAUGCGUCAAAGCAGUUUGGCAAGGAAAUCAAUAUUGCGCCCAAAUUACUCGAACUAGUAGAAGAUGCUGGUUUCGUUAACGUUGUGGACGAACGUCGAAGGGCGCCGCUAUCACCCUGGCCAUCGGAUCCGAAGCAAAAGAACCUCGGUGAGAUCAUGCGCAUGGUCAUGGCUGAUUCUCUCGAGCCUUAUUGCUUGGCGCUGUUUACGCGAAUUCUUAACUGGAAUGACACUAUGAUACAAGCUCAGCUUGCUGGUGUGAGACAGGAUUUAAGGAAUAUGAACUACCACAUCCAUACCACUUCGUGA